AUCCACUUUGCUUCGAGCAGACAAACUCCUCGGUGAUCUGCUGCCACGCGUUCGGAGAAGCCACCAAGCCCGAGCGCAGGCUCUUGUUUGAUGCAAAUUGUUUUAUUCCUCCCCAACCCCACCCUCGGCUUCUCUCCACUGCGCAUUGGCUGCGUGCGACAGUUCCUGAACGCUGACCCACACCCAUUUGCCGCUUCAGAGGGCAAACCACAUCGUCCGGUAAACUUCACCCGCGAAGUCGUUAUAUAAUCUUGAAACAAGAUGUUGUGCGGAAAGACAUCAUGUGGCAGGAAAGCUCUGACACUUCUGAGCAGUGUGUUUGCCGUGUGUGGCCUGGGUCUCCUUGGGGUUGCAGUUAGCACAGACUAUUGGUUAUACCUGGAGGAAGGAAUCAUUUCCCCCCAAAACAUGACGACAGAAGUCAAGAUGUCUCUGCACUCUGGCCUGUGGAGAGUCUGUUUCCUGGCAGGAAAGGAGCGUGGGCACUGCUUUACCAUCGAGUAUGUGAUGCCAAUGAAUGUGCAACUGACCUCAGAAUCUACCGUCAGUAUUUUAAAAAUGAUUCGGUCAUCCACACCUUUCCCACUGGUCAGCCUGUUUUUCAUGUUCAUUGGCUUUGUGAUGAAUAACAUUGGACAUAUCAGACCUCACAGGACUAUCUUGGCAUUUGUGUCAGGGAUCUUCUUUAUCCUUUCAGGUUUGUCACUGGUUGUUGGCCUGGUGCUGUACAUAUCCAACAUCAAUGAUGAAAUGUUGAACAGAACUCCGGACUCGGAAACCUAUUUCCACUACAAGUAUGGAUGGUCCUUUGCCUUUUCAGCGAUAUCAUUCCUACUGACUGAGAGCGCUGGAGUAAUGUCAGUCUACCUUUUUAUGAAGAGAUACACUGCUGAAGAGAUCUACAGACCCCAUCCAAGUUUCUACAGACCGAGGCUGAGUAAUUGCUCUGACUACUCAGGCCAAUUCCUUCACCCAGACGGCUGGCCUCGUGGACGCAGUCCCUCCGACAUCUCCAGCGAAGCUUCCCUGCAGAUGAACGCCAGCUACCCGGCACUUCUCAAGUGCCCAGAUUAUGACCAGAUGUCCUCUUCGCCCUGCUGAGCCCCUGCCCACCAGAGCAGUUUGCCACCGAGCUGCUAAGAUGCCCUGGAUCCCUUCUGUCAUUUCCUUUAUUGUGAAUGAAGACUGGAGCAUCCAGGACAACCUUAACACAAACCAUCAGCUGGGGCCUGGGUUUCAGAAUUUGCACAUUUGCAAAGCAUGGCCUACCAUCUGACUGGGUUGGGGGCAGGGGAAGGGAAGAACAGGACACAAUUGAAGAUACCAUGUUGUAUUAUUUUGUAAUAAUGUGUAAUUUUGUAAUGUUUUCAGCGACUCAAAUUUUGUGGACUAUAGAAUAAAAGAGUCAUUAGAAAGUGUUAAAUUUAUACAAUGCAUAAGAAUUUAAAUGCAUUAAUUUUCUGCAAAGCAAUGUGAUGCAGUUAAUAAUGCAAUGUUUUUAGAAGUUAUCAUUUUGACAAUUUUCUGUAUGAUGUAAUCUUCAAAAUAUGAUUGACUUGAUGGUAUGGUACUUUGCAUAGAGUUGAUGGGGACGUAAUCUCAUUGGAGCUAUACUGAUAGAGAAUGAUGCCAUGAAGCACUUCUUUACCACAAUGAGUCAUGGAGAUUGGCACUCAUUUCCCUGCAAAAGCUGUUGAGACAAGGGGGACAACUGAAGACUUCCAACCUGAAGACUGAUAGAUUUUUAUUAGGCAUGGGGUUUAAUGAUUAUAGAACCAAGAUGGGUAGGUAGAUAUAAGAUACAGAUCAGCCAUAAUCUCGUCAAACUACGGAAUUGCCUCAAGGGCCUAAAUGGCCUACUUCUAUCCCCAUCCAAUUUAUGCUUCAAUUUUAAAAUUGAGUACUAGUUCUAUGCAACCUAGUGACUGGCAUAAAUGUUACGUGGAGAUAGUUGCUAGGAUAAACUUGGUCACCUAGAGCUAGUUGCUAAGAUUGAUUUUUGCCACAUGUAGUUGGUUGCUAGGAUAUAUAUUACCUAGAAACACACUAGCAAUGCUAGAAAUGGAGAGCUGCAGCAUUCUGUCUGUGUCAAAUGUUAUCCAAACAUCCAGGAGGUAGUGAUAUUUUGUUCCUGUAUUAA